AUGAUCCGAGAGAAAUGGGUUGAAUACUUCCAUGUUGUUCCCAACAGAUCAUCAUCAAUCAGUGCUAAAAUCACUGACCAUUUACCUCAGGUUGAAAUCAGUCCUUCCCUAGCUGAAGUUCCAAAAGAAGAAGAGGUUUUGAAUGCCAUUAGACUCCUUUUGUGUGGCAAAGCAUCUGGUUUUAAUUCUAUACCAGCUGCUAUGUUACCAAUGAGGAUGAAGUUCAGCUACUGCAGUGAUGGUAAUUUCUUCCACUUGAAAAAACUUCAAGCCAAAACUAAAGUAGAAGUAGUGAAGAUAUUUCCCAAAGGACUUCCAGAAGAAUACUCCAUAGCAGCCAUAUUCCGGGUGCGGCGAAGCACCAAAAGGGAACGAUGGUUUCUGUGGCAAUUGUUAGAUCAUCGUAAUGUACCACAGGUCUCUAUAAUAAUUGAUGGCACUAAAAGGGCAGUGGAAGUGAUGGCCUUUCAUCAGGGAGAAAUGUUACACUAUGUUUUCAAAAGUCGAGAAAUUUACCCUCUAUUUGACCGUCAAUGGCAUAAGCUUGGUCUCAGCAUUCAGUCCAGGAUCCUUUCCCUUUAUGUGGAUUGUAAUUUGAUUGAGAGAAGACAAACAGAAGAAAAGGACUCUGUUGACUUUCAUGGAAGAACUGUCAUUACUGCCCGUGCUUCAGAUGGCAAACCCGUAGACAUUGAACUUCAUCGGCUUCAAGUUUAUUGUAGCCCAAACUUUGUAGCCCAAGAGAUGUGCUGUGAAAUAUCAGAUGCUAAGUGCCCACAGCAGGACAGCUUUGGAACUGCGGCUUCAUUGAUGGCAACUGCUCAUGCCAGUAAAAUUUCUGCACAUCUGCUAGCAAAGCCGGAACUUGCUGACCGAUGCCAGUGCAUUCCUAACAAGGGAGAAUCAGGAUUGCCUGGAGCUGCUGGUUUGCCUGGUCCUAAGGGGGACAAAGGGGAGCAGGGCACAAUUGGUAGCAAAGGAGAAUAUGGAGCCCCUGGAAUUCCUGGAGAAAAGGGUGAAGAUGGUUUACUUGGUGCCCCUGGACCACCUGGUCAAAAGGGUGAACAGGGACAAAAGGGAGAUCCAGGACAAGAUGGCAUUCAUGGAAAAGAUGGUUUGAAAGGUGACUUGGGGCCUCCAGGUCCACGCGGUCAGAAAGGAGAAAAGGGUCAUCCCCUCAGCUUGCUUGACAGCAGUAGCUGUUAUAUCAUCACACUAGGUGAAACCUCCCAAGGCAACUGUGGGAACAGUGCCAGUAGCAAUGAGGGAGAAAUAGGACCUCCAGGACCACCAACCUUAAUCGGUUCCUUAGGGCUAGAAGGUCCCCAAGGUCCACCUGGGAAAGAGGGUCAAAGGGGAAGGCGUGGCAAAACAGGCCCCCCUGGAAAACCAGGACCACCAGGACCUCCUGGUGAAACUGGACAGCCUGGAUUUCCAGGAUCAGUUGGUCUUAAAGGACAAAAGGGAGAAAUGGGCAAGCAAGGAAACAUCGGCCUACAAGGAAUAAAAGGUGACAAGGGAGAAAUUGGGAUAAAAGGAUCAACAGGAAUGAAGGGUGAACCUGGAGAUGCUGGUCCACCCGGACUCAUAGGGAAUUCAGGAAUUAAGGGUCAGCAAGGACCAGCAGGCCCUAUGGGACCCAGAGGACCACCAGGAAAUAUUGGAGAUCCUGGUGGAAUUAUAGGACCUCCUGGACAUCCGGGUACAAAAGGUGAGGCAGGUCCUCCAGGGAUAAGCCUGCCUGGUGAACCAGGCUUGGAUGGAAUUCCUGGGACACCUGGUCCACGAGGGCCAAAGGGUGAAAGAGGACUGCCAGGUGUUCAUGGACUCCCUGGUGACAUGGGACCUCCAGGAAUGGGAAUUCCUGGCCAACCAGGUCCUAGAGGCCUUCCUGGGUUACCAGGAGCUCCAGGGAGUGAUAUUGCACUUCCUCUUUUGGGAGAUAUUGGUGCUAUGUUGAAGGGUGAUACUGGGCCAAGAGGCCCUCCAGGAAUCCCUGGCAGAGAAGGACCAAAGGGAAGCAAAGGUGAGCGUGGAUAUUCUGGAUUACCUGGUGAGAAGGGUGAUGAGGGUCUUCAGGGAAUGCCAGGCACUCCAGGAGCCCCAGGGCCUGUUGGACCUGCUGGCUCAUUGGGAAGAACCGGACAUCCUGGUCCUCCUGGAGCAAAAGGUGAAAAGGGCAAUGAGGGAUCACCUGGAAAACCUGGACCACCUGGACCUCCUGGUGUGCCGCUCAGUGAAGGGAAUGGAAUGAGCAGUUUAUAUAAAUUCCAGGGAGAACCUGGACCCAUGGGACUCCCAGGACUAGAAGGAUUUCCAGGUGUAAAGGGAGAUCGAGGUCCAGUUGGCUCACCAGGGAUAGCAGGAAUACCAGGAAAGUCUGGGGCCCCAGGGCCUCCAGGAAUGCCAGGAGAACCAGGUGAAAGAGGGCCUGUUGGAGAUAUUGGAUUUCCUGGACCUGAAGGACCCACAGGAAAACCAGGUGAUCAAGGAAUACCAGGAGACAGAGGUCCACAGGGUGAAAGAGGAAAACCUGGCCUUCCAGGAAUAAAGGGGAUGAUAGGUCCUAUGGGACCCCCAGGAAACAAAGGUUCUCCAGGAACCCCUGGAUAUCAAGGGCCUCCAGGUACUCCAGGAACCCCUGGAAUUCCGGCUGAUGCAGUUUCAUUUGAAGAAAUAAAAAAUUACAUAAAUCAAGAGGUCCUGAGAAUUUUUGAAGAGAGGAUGGCACUAUUCCUCUCCCAGAUGAAGCUACCUGCUGCGAUGCUUUCUGCACAAGGUCAUGGAAAACCAGGGGCACCAGGAAAAGAUGGAUUACCAGGCCUACCAGGAGAUCCUGGCCCCCGAGGUUACAGAGGACAGAAAGGAGAAAGAGGUGAACCUGGAAUUGGGCUCCCAGGAAAUCCUGGUCUUCCUGGGCCUUCAGCAACUUGUAUGCCAGGUACACCCGGUGUUCCAGGGCCUCAGGGUCCCCCUGGACCUAGUGGACGGUGUAACCCAGAUGAUUGCUCCCAUCCUGUGUCUCAUGCUCAGCCACCAGGACAUGAAAGUGGAAAAUGA